CCAGGCCGGGAGAAGGGGCGCUGCGUGGCCUCCGAGUAUUUCCUGGAGCCGGAGCUGAAUUUGGUGACGGAAAACACGGAGAACAUCCUCAAGACCGUGAGGACGGCGACGCCGUUUCCCAUGGUCAGCCUUUUCCUGGUCUUCACCGCCUUCGUCAUCAGCAACGUCGGCCACAUCCGACCCCAGAGGACCCUGCUGGCCUUCGUCUCCGGCAUCUUCUUCAUCCUCUCGGGGCUCUCUCUGGUCGUGGGACUCGUCCUUUACAUCUCCAGCAUCAACGACGAGGUCAUGAACCGCCCGGGCGGCUCCGAGCAGUAUUUCCAAUAUCGCUACGGCUGGUCCUUCGCCUUCGCUGCCUCCUCCUUCCUGCUCAAGGAGGGCGCAGGUGUGAUGUCGGUGUACCUGUUCACCAAGCGCUACGCCGAGGAGGAGCUGUACCGCGCUCCCCCUCACCUGCUGCGGCCGCGCCUCAGCACCUGCUCGGGGCUGUCGGGGCAGUUCCUGCAGCCGCGGGCGUGGCCCCGCGCGCGCAGCCCCUCGGACGCCUCCUCGGACGUGUCCAUCCAGAUGACCCAGAACUACCCCCCGGCCAUCAAGUACCCCCAGAGACCCGCCCCGCACCCGCACCUGUCCACGUCGCCCUGCUAG